AUGAAAAUUUUUAUUUUAAUAUACUUACCCCUUUUCGCGAUUUCACAUAAAAAGAACUUCUCUACAUCAGUGAAGCUUCUCAAUAGCAACAACAGCAGUAUCCGAGAAAUUUGGAGUAGCAACAAAAUUUGGAGUAGCAACAAAAUUUGGAGUAGCAACAAAAUUUGGAGAAGCAACAAAAUUUGGAGAAGCAACAAAAUUUGGAGAAGCAACAAAAUUUGGAGAAGCAACAAAAUUUGUAGUAGUUACCAAAUUUGGAACAAUAUCCGUAGGAGCAAGAAUAUUCGUACAAGUGGACGAAAGACGAGUAACCUGUCAUGGCCAAAACCUUUUAAAAAUUUUAUUAACAGAAAAAGGUUGGGACCACAGUCAAGCUGGGGAAUGUAUUUUAUUCGCAACUUAUUUUGUGAUAGCAGACACAUUUUUUUUAAUUACAAAUACUCAAUCAUAAGAAAAACACUUCAUACCACCAUGGAAACAAACAAUGGAUUACCAAAAUGGAACAUGCCGUCGAAAGAAGGGAAGAAAAUAACAGGACUUAUCUUAAACAAUUCCCUCACGCGAAGUAAAGUGGAAUUCGUACCCCAGGAAAACAAUCAAAUAAAGUGGUACGCAUGUGGACCAACUGUGUACGAUGCAGCUCAUCUUGGACACGCAAGAACAUAUGUAACCUUCGACAUAAUUCGAAGAAUCCUAGUGAACUAUUUUAAAUAUGACGUUUUUAUGGUGAUAAAUAUAACAGAUAUUGAUGAUAAAAUUAUAAAAAGAAGUGAAGAAGAGAAUGUUAGUUUUACCGAAUUGGCAAGAAAAUGGGAGCAUGAAUUUUGGGAAGAUAUGAAAAAACUGAAUGUUCUUUUACCAACAGCUAUAACUAGAGUUAGUGAAUACGUAGAAGAAAUUGUGAAAUAUAUAGAAAAAAUAAUUGAAAACAAAUAUGCAUAUGUAAGUGAAGAAGGUAGUGUAUAUUUUGAUAUUGAUGAAUUUAAAAAAAAUCCUAAACAUUUUUACGCACGUAUGGAACCACUAUCUGUAAAAGAUGAAACACGAAUAUUAGAAGGCGAGGGAGAUUUAGGAGUAAUAUCUAAAAAAAAAAAAAAUUCUUAUGAUUUUGCAUUAUGGAAAUCAUCAAAGGCAAAUGAACCAUAUUGGAACUCCCCUUGGGGUAAAGGAAGACCUGGGUGGCAUAUUGAAUGUUCAACAAUGGCUAGUAACAUAUUAGGAAAUGUUCUUGAUAUACAUAGUGGUGGUAUAGAUUUACGAUUUCCACAUCAUGAUAAUGAAUUAGCACAAAGCGAAGCAUUUUUUGAUGCAAAUCAAUGGGUAAACUAUUUUUUACAUUCAGGACAUUUACAUAUUGAAGGAUUAAAAAUGUCAAAAUCAUUGAAAAAUUUUAUAACUAUAAAAAAUAUGCUAAAUAUCUAUACCCCCAAUCAGAUACGUAUUCUUUUUCUUCUAAACAAAUGGGACAGCUUUAUGAAUUACAGUCCAAAUGGAGAAAGCAUGAUUCAAUGUAUAGAAAUAGAUAAAUUUAUAUUCAAUUUUUUUGCAUUAAUUGAGAUGAAAAUAAAAAAUUUCAAUUUAAAUAAUUCAAAUUUGUAUUGGGAUGAAAAUGAUACCAAGUUGAAUAAUUUAUUUAGUAUUACAAAAAAUAAAAUUCAUCAGUUCCUUCUUGACAAUUUUAACACGCCCGAAGUUAUUUUAACCUUACAAAAGUUAAUUACAGAAAUUAAUAUAUACUUACAAAAUAAUAAAAUUCAAGUUGGACUACUGCUAGAAUUGAAACAUUAUAUAUCUUAUAUACUUGACACAUUCGGAUUGAAAUAUGGACAUUCACAAGUAGGUGAUAAAUAUGAAGAAAAAUUUAAUGAACUUUUGCAAAUAGUAGGUAUGUACAGGAGUAACAUUCGAACGUCACUACAAAGUAAUGCAAAAUUCAUUCGAAAAUUUUUAAAAGAAACAAAAAAAGAUGUUACAAAAAAGGGGGAAGAAAAAAAUGAUGAAACAACAACUGAAAAAAAACAAAAGGAGGAUUUACUCUAUACAGACUUUGUAAACAAUAUAAAAACAAAUAAUGAUACCAUGUUGAAAGAAUGUGAUUUGUUACGAGAUGAACGUCUUCUAAACAUGGGAAUACUUAUCGAUGACAGACAAAACAAUGAGUUUGUUAUCAAAGUUCUAGAUGAUAAUCAACUACAGCAAGAGAAGAGGAAGCGUGAGCAGGAUCUCAAUAAGAGGAAAAAUGAACAAGGUGAUACGAUUGCCUCAAUCAAGAAAGACACAUUGAACACAAAAAUUCCUCAAGAGGACAAGAGACAGAAUGAUAUUCCACAACCAUAG